AUGGCGUGUCUGCUGGACAACCUUGUCAGACCUUCUGUUGUUGUUUUACAACUAUCUGUGGUGCUUGGUGUCAUCUUUGUGCUGCUGAAGGUAGCCCAAUUCUACUGGGAGAGGAAGAAAGUCAUCAAAGCUAUGGAGGCAUUCCCUGGUCCCCCGAAACAUUGGCUCUAUGGCCACAAUCACCUGAUAAGUGCUGAUAAAAUGUUAAAUCAGUUUGUGUCGUGGGGAGAAGAAUACCCCUAUGCCUUUCCCAGAUGGUUUGGACCAGUCCUGCCUUCUCUAGUAGUCCACCAUCCUGAAUACGCCAAAACCAUACUUGGCCAUACAGAUCGUAAGCCCAACAUACCCUACAAAUUCGUGGCUCCCUGGGUUGGGCAGGGGCUGUUGCUCUUGAGUGGAAGGAAAUGGUUCCAGCACCGGAAGCUGCUCACCCCAGCCUUUCAUUACGAUGUGCUGAAGUCUUACGUGGCCCUGAUAUCAGACUCAGUCAAAGUGAUGCUGGAUAAAUGGGAAAAGGACAACACAGAGAGGAAGUCCGUGGAGCUCUUUCAAGAUGUCAGCUUGAUGACACUAGACAGCAUCAUGAAAUGUGCCUUCAGUUAUAAUACCAACUGUCAGACUCAGAGCAACUCAGACUAUUAUAUCAGAGCUGUUUAUGACCUGAGCUACCUUAUAAGCAAUAGAGUCCAGACUUUUUCUUACAAGGAUGUCUUCUAUGACUUGACACACAAAGGCCGUGAGUUUCGGGAUGCCUGCAAGCUGGCCCAUGCCCACACAGAUAAGGUAAUAAAAGACAGGAAGACGUUGCUCUCCAGUGAGAAGGAACUUGACAAGAUCCAGAAGAAGAGACACUUGGAUUUUCUGGACAUUCUUCUUUGUACCAAGGAUGCAAAUGGAGCUGGACUGUCUGAUGAGGACCUCCGUGCUGAGGUGGACACUUUCAUGUUUGCGGGUCACGAUACCACAGCCAGUGGGAUCUCCUGGCUCUUCUAUUGCCUGUCAUUGCAUCCAGAGUACCAGCAACAGUGCAGGGAGGAGAUCCAAGGGAUCUUGGGAGACCGAGAUACUGUUGAGUGGGAGGACCUUGGGAAGAUGACUUACACCACAAUGUGCAUCAAAGAGAGCUUGCGCCUGUUCCCACCGGUUCCUUCCGUGUCCCGACACCUCUCCAAAUCCGUCACAUUUUUCGAUGGACGCACCUUGCCAGCAGGCUGCCAGGCUGCAGUGAACAUAUUUGCUAUUCACAGGAACCGGGAUGUGUGGGAGGACCCUGAGGUUUAUAAUCCCCAGAGGUUUUCUCCAGAGAACUCAGCACAGAGACACUCCCACGCUUUCCUGCCUUUCUCUGCUGGAUCCAGGAACUGCAUCGGGCAGCAGUUUGCCAUGAACGAGAUAAAGGUGGCGCUGGCACUGACCCUGCUCCGCUUCGAGCUCUGCCCCAACCCAUCCAAGCCUCCCAUACUGAUACCACAGAUAAUCCUCAGGUCCAGCAAUGGGAUCCACCUGCAUUUGAAGAAGAUUCGCUGA